UUAUGUUUCAUGCAGGAACUAUCAAGCAUUUUUUCACUAUUUUGCAUUGCUUCAUUAAGCUUAGGCACUGUACUAAAAAUUGAAGCACAAAAGAUUUUUAAUGUGAUUGAUUAUGGUGCCGUCGGAGACGGCAUAACAGAUGAUUCCUUGGCAUUUGGAAAGGUAUGGAAAGAUGUAUGUGGAGAAAGUGAAAGCAUUCCCAUCCUUAAUAUACCAAUGGGGAUGACAUUCUUAUUAAAGCCUGUCAACUUCAAAGGUCCAUGCAAUUCCAUCACUGUUAAUGUUCAGGUUUUAGGAAAUAUUGUUGCACCUGAAAGUAUUUCUGCAUGGGGAGAUUAUUGUACUGAUGAUUGCUGGCUCAAAUUUGAAAAUGUGGAUGGUCUCAUCAUCAAUGGAACCGGACAGAUUGACGGCAAGGGUUCAGCUUGGUGGGGGGACCAAGUUGACCAUUUCAAUAUUUUGGUUCGUUAACAAACUACGAACCAGAUUCCCUCCAGUUCUAAACAGUGCAGUUUUGAU